AAGCUGUCGUAUCAUCCGGACGAUUGGCAGGCCCAUCUCAUACACAGAAUACUGCAGGGAUAUGACAGUAUCUUCUGUGCAGGUACUGGCUAUGGCAAGAGUUUGAUUUUCGAAGGUUUGGCGGCUUUGAGAGGGAAAGGGAAGCUGGUGAUGGUGAUAUCCCCACUUAAGGCUCUCGAGUGGGACCAGAUCAAACAAGCAACACAGAAAGGCCUAGAUGCAUUCGCCAUCAAUGAAGACACUUACAAGACCGCGAAACUCUGGGCAUGGGUCCGGACAAUGGCUCAGAUGGUCUAUCUCUCUCCUGAGAUGGCACUGUCAGACAGUUUCAUGAAGCUAUGGAAGGAUUCCAAGUUUCGGGCACAUCUGACCACAAUCGUGGUAGACGAGGCUCAUUGCAUAGACGAGUGGGGGGAUGAUGCAUUCCAUCCGAUGUAUCGAAAGCUGGGUGAGGCCUUGCAUGGCUUCACUGGGUCAGAUAUCCCAUUUGUUGCAUGUACUGUGACAUGUCAGACCACUAUGUUCGACAUGAUAUGGUCGUCGUUAGGUUACGGCCAUCGUCCAUUCUGGGGCAUCGAUGUUGGGACCGAUCGCCACAACCUUCUUUAUCUCACACGCCUUCAGCAAUACCCUGACAAUCCUGUUCUUGAUAUUCUCAAUAUAUUACCGCCUGAUCUUGGCCCCGACACUCAUCGUGAAGACCUUCCUAAGACAUUGCUGUACCUUGACUCCGAAGCAGGAUGCUGUUCCUUGGUACAGUCCCUACAUAAAUGCCUACCCAAACACCUCCGCACCUGCGUGCAUGCAUUUUCAUCUGACUUGUCAGAGGAGGCAAAACAGCAAUGCUGGGAUAAGUUUACUACUGAGGAUUUCCGAAUCAUUGUGGUGACAGAUGCUGCCGGGAUGGGCUGUAGCAUUGACAACAUAAGAUUUUGUGUCGUUUUUGGUUGUCCACAUUCGUUUGCAGCUGUGGCUCAGCACUGGGGUCGUGCAGGACGGGAUCGAGUCACUGAGGGUGUCUGCAUCCUUCUAGUACCGCCA